AUGGACACAAGCUUCUCCUCAUAUAGUACUGCUCUGUCGCAGAACAUCAAAAUCGAGGUAGAGGAUGAUCGCUACCGUUAUUGCUUUUACCUUGCCGAUGUGACAAGGGGAAAGUACGGAGAUCAAAACCUCACAUUCAAUCAGUGGCUGGAGAUCAAAAAGAGAGAACGUGAACAGCCGGGUAGCGGUUAUAAUCUGGAAAAUAUUCCGGUUAGAGAUGCUAGAGCUAGUGGUUCUUCAAGCAACUCGACUCUGCCUUCUGGACGCAUGCUGCACGAGCUGGACUGGGACGAAGAAUUUGCUGUACCAUGA